AUGUCCGCUGCCGAGCAGGUCUUGUCUCUACCCGAGAUUUUAACCUUGGUAAUUGAGGACCUGGAGUUUGACCGUGCAGCUCUGUAUUCGGCACACCUGGUCAACACGACCUGGGCUCGGUAUACUCACGAAGUGCUCUGGCGCAAUGCCCCUCUCUCCUCUCUUGCCGCCAUUGAACCUUCUCGACAGCAGCAAUAUGCGAACAUGAUCCGCGUCUCCUUUUCCUGGACUCGAUGGUACCCGGCUGAGCUGGACAACUUAUCCUUCCCAUCACUCGAACGGUGUCUGUUCGAAGCGGGAGACCUCCUCAAUCUCCCCGACUUCCACCACUGCAUACCUCCGUCCUUCAAAUCUCAACCACAGUUGCUCGACNNAUGGUUCAAAGGCGCAGAGGCCCCAGAAGAUACUCAUCGCCUGCGACGACAAGGCCCGUUCGAGGACAAGCUCGACCGUCGUCAGGCUCCGCACAGGGCUUUGACAAGAGAGGCUCAUUCGUUUCGUAUUCAUGGCCCAGAGCUGCGCUCGCUCCUUGACUGCAGUGAAUACCUCGGCGAAAGCGCUCGCAAGGAAGCUGGUAGAACUCUUGCUCGCUUGGCUGCUCAUGAUCUCUAUGAAGAACUUUGUGUCUGGAAACUCUGGAUUGGCUUGGAGUCCAUCGAUGUUCUACUGUCCACGAACCGCGAUCGGCCUAUAUUUCCGAACCUGAAACAUUUCGGGGCAUCCAUUGAGUUUGAUGCGGCGGCUCUUCUAUUCAGACAUUUGCCUCCAACCCUCUCGAGUCUCUACAUCCGUGAGGGAUUAUCCGAACCUUGGUUUCACCUUGUGUCCGUCUUCACAGGGCUCGAACAUCUGACUGUAGAAGGUUGCGACUCCGUACUCAGCAUGUCUUCUGUUGUGCCUCUGGGCAAGUUGCAUAAUCUUCGUAAUCUAGUGAUCGUGUUGAAACAUCCAGUCCGCGAUUAUGGCGUUGGCAGGAGGAGGACCCAGGACACGCCAUUCACCGAUGACGAUUUUGCAGCCAUGACUUCUGGAAUGCCUCUUCUGCAAAGCCUCGAGCUCAAACUACCUUUGCGGUUCCCCUUCUUCUCCUCGUACUGCACUCUCACAAACCUUCGCUUGGCUUCCACACUCGACUUCCACCGCACAACAUCAUCUCGAUACAAGACUGCACUACCAAAACACGUCAACACGCGCGUCAACAUGUCUGCAUCGCACCAAGCCGUGGUGGAGGUCCCCAGAGCCAUCGUGCGUCAACACAUUGCCGAGUGCGACGCUCACGACUGCCGCUAUCAUGACUGGCACCAGACUAUGGACUCUCCCAGACUCGCUCACCCACUCACCCUCUCUCCUCUUCUCACGCGCAUCGGGUCCAUUCCAGAGCUCGUGGGCAAGAUACUCUGCCACCUCGACAACAACGACCUCUUCAACUGCCUGCUCGUCAGCAAGAAGUGGAGCAACGAGGCCGUCCGCAUCCUCUGGAACGACGUCCCCCUGGAGAAGCUCCUGACCGCCUGCAUCAACGAAGAUCGCCUUACUACCUACACAGCACUUCUCCAUCAUGCUCAGUACACGAUGCGCACCGGCCAGAACCGUAUGCCCCUAUACUCGUUGGGCUGGACCUCGUCUACCAUCAGAUCACUACCUGUCCUUCCCAACCUCAUCAGCCUCAAGUGUGGUCCUAACUCGCUAAGCAACAGGACUGUCGUUGAACUGUCUGCCAUCUUUAUGCCUGGACUCAAGACACUGGUGAUCUGCGACGACGCUAGCCACGAUCCCAGACGUGCCCGCCCACUGCAGUCGCCUGCUGCUCUGUGGUUCGACAUCAUGGCCCAUAACUGUGCACACCUCACUUCAGUCAGCUUUGGCCUCAACUUGCGCAUCAGCACUAUGGCCUUUGAGCACUUCCUCAGCCGCGCCAACAACCUAGAGUCAGUUGCCCUCGCUGCUGGCUAUGAGCAUCUGCUCGUCGACGCUGUUGCCCCUGUUCUGAAGAGCUGUCAGCUUGAUGCGACCUUCGAUGUCCACGGCAACCAAACUCUGGACUGGGAGACACUGUCCUCAAUGCACGCUCUUGAGGACCUCGAGAUCACAGUCUGUGAUGGUGUCUGGCUUUACACCAACGAGCUACUGCCCCUUCAGCGUCUCACCAAGCUGAAGCGACUCAGUAUCAUUCCCGAGACUGACGAACUCUUUGCUGUUGGCUGCAGUACCUCUGCUCAGGAACUGGUUUUGCUCUUCGAGGCUAUGCCUCUACUUGGCCAGUUUGAACUCUUGAUCGACGUCGGCUUCUUGGUAACUACAAAGGUGCGUUUGGGAGAGGCUUGGGUGGGUGCAAGCGAGGGUGUCUGGUUCAUGGGCAAGGAGUACCGUCAGGGGUUCUUGGAUGACUUGCGCGGUAUCGUUGAGAGGGAGAGGGAGGUUCACCAUGAGGUUGGUGCUACUGAGGUCGAAGCUGGUGCUGAGGUGGCACAGUGA